CCUCACAUCGUUGAUCCCUCUCUCUCAUUCAGUCAUUUGUCCUCUCUCCUCACCUUUCGCUUUUUCAGCGAAGCGAGAGGUGGAGCGAACGCUCAGAGACUACUCACGCAAUCUUCAGAGCCGAGAGUGUUCUAAUUUGGAGAAAAUGAUGGCUGAUCGGUCUAAUCAUCCAACUGUUAUUCAGAAAGUUGCUGGCCAGCUUCAUCUCAGUUCAAGCCUCUCCCAAGAUGUGUCUACUCGGAGCAAUGCCUUUUAUGGGCCUUCCUUGUAUCAAAGGCGCUUCGCAUAUGGAAAUUAUAGCAAUGCGGGAUUGCAGUACCCAUUUGUACAGCCAUGCAGCGGCAGCUGUGACCUGUCCAUGGUUCCCCCCUCUGCUUUACCUAUCUUUGUCCAAGCCCCCAAAGAGAAAGGAUUUUCCGGCUUUGCCAUUGAUUUCCUAAUGGGAGGUGUUUCUGCUGCUGUAUCCAAAACAGCUGCUGCUCCCAUUGAGCGUGUGAAGCUUUUGAUCCAGAACCAGGAUGAAAUGAUCAAGGCUGGCCGGCUCUCUGAACCCUACAAGGGUAUUACAGAUUGUUUCAAACGAACAAUCAAGGAUGAAGGGUUUGCGUCAUUGUGGAGAGGAAACACUGCCAAUGUCAUCCGUUACUUCCCCACACAGGCUUUGAACUUUGCUUUUAAAGAUUACUUCAAAAGGUUGUUCAGUUUCAAGAAAGACAGGGAUGGCUAUUGGAAAUGGUUUGCUGGAAACUUGGCAUCAGGAGGUGCUGCUGGUGCUUCUUCCCUCCUUUUUGUCUAUUCCCUUGACUAUGCUCGAACCCGGUUGGCAAAUGAUGCAAAGGCUGCAAAGAAGGGAGGAGAGAGGCAAUUUAAUGGCUUGGUUGAUGUCUACAGAAAGACUCUAAAAUCUGAUGGUAUUGCUGGUCUAUACCGUGGUUUCAACAUCUCUUGCGUUGGAAUCAUUGUUUACCGUGGUCUCUACUUUGGACUCUAUGAUUCUUUGAAACCGGUGGUUCUCACUGGAAAGUUACAGGAUAGUUUUUUUGCUAGCUUCGCAUUGGGUUGGCUCAUCACAAAUGGUGCUGGCCUUGCAUCAUACCCUAUUGACACGGUUCGUAGAAGAAUGAUGAUGACCUCAGGUGAAGCUGUGAAGUACAAGAGCUCUCUGGAUGCCUUCUCUCAGAUCCUCAAAAACGAGGGUGCCAAGUCAUUGUUCAAGGGGGCUGGAGCAAACAUUCUUCGAGCAAUUGCUGGCGCUGGUGUGCUUGCUGGUUAUGACAAGCUUCAGCUGAUCGUUUUUGGAAAGAAGUAUGGCUCUGGUGGCGCCUAAUUUGGUCUGAAUUUCCCUGCAAAUCAUUCCUUCAGUGGUAGAUCGUAGAUGGUGAUGAAAACUUUUUGAGUUGAUAUUAUCGAGAGUUCCGUUCAUCCGGGCGAUUUUUUCCUUCUCUUGAAUAAUUUAGUUUCAGAUUGAGAUUCAAAGGGAGCUUCUCCCAAAAACUUUCUUGAUGGAUUUUUCCCCCCUAUAAACUAAUCAUCGGAGGGUUUGCAAGUGCCAGCUCCGAGGAGUUCUUUAUUUACGAGGGUUGUUUUAACCCUCGAUUACUACGUUUUAAUUUUUAUUAAUUUAGCAUCAAUGCUGGAUUUAGUUUCUUUUUAAUAUGACAUAUCUUGUUUUCAAUUUUAUUGGAUGGAAGUGUAUGUUUUGACGAAUGGACGUUUGAAUUUUUUA